AUGCGCAAUGCCUUGAAUCACUUAGCUGAUACAGUUGAAGAUGAGAAGGUACAAGCGAGAUUCGAGAGUCAAAUGGAUAGUUUUUUUGCUCUCUUUAGGAGGUAUUUAACUGACAAGGCAUCUGGUAAUACUUUGGAUUGGGAUAAGAUCAAGUCCCCAUCCCCAUCAGAGGUUGUUCAAUAUUCUACGUUGCAAGACCGCGGUUCAGAUAAUCUUUCAAAGUUGGCGGUAUUGAAAUUAAAUGGUGGGUUAGGUACUUCUAUGGGUUGUGUCGGCCCCAAGUCUGUCAUUGAAGUCAGAGACGGCAACACAUUCUUGGAUUUAUCUGUCAGACAGAUUGAGCACUUAAACAGAAGAUAUGAUGCUGAUGUUCCGUUACUUUUGAUGAACUCUUUUAAUACCGAUGCCGAUACUGCAAAGAUAAUCAAGAAGUAUCAAGGACAUAGAAUUAGGGUGAGAACAUUCAACCAAUCUCGAUUCCCGAGAAUAUAUAAGGAUUCCUUAUUGCCAGUACCAGAGUCAUAUAAUGACUCUUUGGAUUCCUGGUAUCCACCUGGCCAUGGUGACUUAUUUGAAUCUUUGGUUCAAUCUGGAGAGUUGGAUUCAUUGUUGGCCCAAGGCAGAGAGAUUUUGUUUGUUUCUAACGGUGAUAACUUAGGUGCAACUGUGGAUACUAAAAUUUUGGAUCAUAUGAUUGACACGGGUGCUCAUUACAUUAUGGAAUUGACAGAUAAGACGAGAGCAGAUGUUAAAGGUGGUACUUUGAUCAAUUAUGAGGGUCAAGUGAGGUUAUUGGAAAUAGCUCAGGUUCCUAAGGAGCACGUUGAAGAAUUUAAAUCCAUUAAGAAAUUUAAAUAUUUCAACACCAAUAACUUAUGGAUCAAUUUAAGAGCAAUCAAGAAAUUGGUAGAACAAAAUGAUCUUGAAGUCGAAAUUAUACCGAACCAAAAAGUUAUUCACAAAGGUAACGUGGAAAUCAAUGUUUUGCAAUUAGAAACUGCUGUUGGUGCUGCAAUCAGGCACUUUGACGGUGCCCAUGGUGUUGUGGUUCCAAGGUCCAGGUUCUUGCCAGUUAAAACAUGCUCUGAUUUACUACUUGUAAAAUCCGAUCUAUUCCAUUUGGAACAUGGUGCUCUUAAACUAGACGCUACAAGAUAUGGUUUUUCAAAUCCACUUAUAAAACUUGGAUCUCACUUUAAGAAAGUUAGUGGAUUCCAGGCAAGAAUUCCUCACAUGCCAAAGAUUUUGGAAUUAGACCAUCUUACUAUUACGGGUAAUGUGACUUUAGGUAAGGGUGUUACCUUAAAGGGUACCGUCAUCAUUGUCUGUAGUGAUGGUCAAAAAAUUGAUAUCCCAAAUGGCUCAAUUUUGGAGAACGUAGUUGUCACAGGAAACUUGACAAUCUUGGAGCAUUAA